UUUGGGUGUUUCAAUUCAUUCGCAACUGUCGCGGCGUACGGACAUAAAAUACGGAGACGGAAACGGAUACGCGGACCAAAAACAUACAUAUACACAAUUUUUUCAAUUUUUCCUUUCUCAGUGAAAGAAAGAAAAUACUUUAGAUACAAUUUAUAAAGUUCUUAUUUCGUGACAAGACGUACUAAAAACCGCGAAAAAAAUUUCUAUUUGAAAAACCGUUGAGUUUUUCAUAAAAGAAAAGUGUUUUUUUUUAAUUGCGUGUGUGUGUGUGUGGUGAUUCAGAGAAGAGAAAAGACUUUGCAAAGUGCAGAAUAGAAGCGAAAAAAGUACAUAGAAGUCGCGCUGCAUUGGUAGAUAGAUAGAUGUCAGAAGUUGCAGAAGAGGAAGCAAGCGAAAAAAAAUCGAAUUUAACGAAACGAAACGAGCGUAGAGUGCUAAAUAGCAAAGAAAAACAUAUGUAAAAGUUAAAAAGGUAAAUGGGCAAACCAGUUUUAAAUAAACGGACUGUUUUUCAAGCCCAACUAAACUAUUUUUUGCAAAAGCAAAUCCAACUAAGUGCAUGCAUAAAUAAAUACAUACAUACAUACAUAUGUAUACAACAACCCAACCGGCCACCAACUCCACUUGACGGGGUGCUGCAGCAGUUCAUUCAAUUCAAAUGUUGUAUGACUCAUAUUCCUCAACUCCAGCUACAUCAUCAUUCUGGUAGAAUAAAACAGGUUGUCUCUGACUGUUUUCUACUAAAUAUUUUGCGAAUAUUGUGCAGCAAAACGACGAAAAGGUUAAUUAUACACUAAUAACGCGGCUGCAACACGAAACAAAAACAACCAGCAAGAAAAAACAAACUGCAACGAUAAUAGCAUUUAGAGCACGAACACGAGCAACGGCGAUAGCAACAACAAUGGCAUUUGAAGAAAUAAACAACACCGCCACCGCCACCGCCGCUGAUGCCGAUGCCGGUAGCGCCUGAAAAGUGCAGCAGAUGUAAUAAAUCAGCGACAACAACGGCAAAAUGUUGACGGUAGUUUAUCAACAGCAGCAACACAAACAACAACAACAACACAUAGUUACAACAACAAAACUGCAAGACGAACGUGAACGACGACACUCGAAACAACCUAAGCACCGGCAACAAACCAUCAAAGUGAAUUCACGAACAAAUGAGUGAACAAAAAAAAACAAGAAAUAAGAAACUAAAACGAAUUACAACAACAACAGCAGCAUAUUGAGAACACAAGUAGAAACAUUUUGUAGUGAAGCUGCAAUCAAGGAAUACAGUAGCAUUAGCAACAACAAAUACAGCAGCAACAGAAGUGACAGCAGCAGCAGCAACAUAAAAACGUGCAAUCCCCACAGCUCGGACAGACAGACAGACAGACAGUCAAGAAAUCGUGUUGCCACUGCAGCUCAUGUUUUUUGCUGUUGUUGCAUUAUAAACACCAUAAUCAGUAGCGCUACAAAAGAGUAGGAAGCAGCAAGUAUCUGGUUUUCUUCAAAGUGGACAUUUAGAAGUUGGGCCAGGAACUCGUCCACCAGUCGGUUUGUCUAAAGUGUUUACAUAAAAAAAGUCAGCUGUAAACUUCUUUUGAGAAGACAAAAAAAAAGCGUAAACAGCAAAGGAAAUUACGCUACAGUGCUGUGAAAUAGUAAACGUACGUGGUGACAGCAAAAAAUUUGCACAGCCGGCGGAUGCAAAAAAAAAAACACAGCACAGCAAUUUACUUGAAAAACUGCCAACGUUAUGCAACACAAUUAAAUUGUGCAGCGGAAAAAACGAUCGAUUACUGCAAAAACAAGCACAAAAACAACGCGUACAGGAGUGGCAAUAAAACACUGUAAUCUAGCGCUGGAACGCAGUUGUCACUACAAGUUGCCCGCAGCGCCGUUUUUUGUUGGUUGGACGGCAGCGCUGAUUGAGUCUCCUACGGCGCGAAAGAACAUAGAACGGCAGCGGAAAAAAACUUGGACUAGAAGAAGAGGCCGCCUAUUGUCAACUGCAAUAAUUGCAUAGCAAGAAUUUUCGCAUUUCUGGGUGUGUGAGGCGGCGACAAAAGGCAUAGUUGCAAGUAGAAUAGUUUAGAGUAGAGUUAGAGAAGCGUUGACAGAACAAAAAAAACGCUUAGCAGGAAGCGUGUUUUUAUGGCCAAAGGAAAGCCGCCAUAGCAACACAGAACGCGCAUACAUACACACUUACAUAUAUACAUAAGUAUAUCUAAUAGAUCUCGUAGCUGCAUUUAGUUUUGCAUUGCUGCAAUUUGAGACAACAGAACGACAUAGCGGGGCAGACAUUCACUACGUAGAAGUAUUCUGUUAAACGAAAUACAAAACGACCAACCUGUGGCAGACAAUAAACACACAGUACAAACGGCAUUCAUAGUUGUCCACAAAACACCCAGCAGCAGCGAGGCGUAUAAAAAUUGCAAUUUGAAUGCAAUAGACAGUCGCCAUUUUUCAUAGCCACCGGCUGCUGCGCUAGAGCCUGGGAAAAACACUUCAUUUAGAAUUGCAAUCGAGUGUGUUUUUUUUACAUUUUCCCUCUAUGGUUUCUUUUUUUUUGCUGUCGGUGAAUUGCAAGUAGCAACAAAAAUCCACUAUUAAGCAACAAAACAAAAAAAACGCAUUCAAUUCACGGCGCGGCGACAAAAGUCAAAAGCAUACCCGAAGCGUGACUGUAAAGUGUGGAAGCAUUAGAGCAAAACGUCGGGCAGAUCAGUUUGCUACAAUAAGCAACAGCAACAGCAGCAGUGGUGCAUGCAUUAGCGCAGCAAACACCACAAUUUGCCUAAUGAAGCAUUAGAUAGUCGCAUAGAGCAACUAAAAAGGCAAUAAAAACAAAAGAAAAGCAUUUUUGAAGCGAAGCGCGAGCAACAAACAGCCUCAUCCACAAUGGACAGCGCGGCACAUACACCUUCGACACACACACCAACGGCAGCACAACGUCCCAGCGUGACUGCCAAUGGCCUUGAUUUGACUACGCUGCCGGCACCGGUAGCACCCGCGCGUCAUGCGCGCCCAAUGCCCGCACAACGCGCUGCCAGCGGCAACGCCAGCAGCACCUCAUCCACAACCACCUCUUCACCACCACAAUACAGCGAAGAAGUGCGACGCGCAAAUAUGCCCACUACCUUAGAUUUGUUGCCGCGUCAGAGCAGCGUUUCGUCCACCAAGACGUGUGAGGUCGAUUUAGGCGAUGAGGAGCGCGACACUUUCUCGCCAGUCAGCAGUGCAACAAGCACAAGCACAAGCGUUGGCUGUGGCGAUGGCGAUGGCGACGCGGACGUCGACGGCUGUGGUGAUGCCAGCAGCAGCAAUCACAGUAAUCCCAGCGAUGGCGCGAUCGUGCACGCUGCUGGCGGCUGCAAUGAUAGUGUUGGCAGUGGCGCAGCGACUCCGUACGACAACAAAGCCUUUGAAGGUGCGCAUUUACCCGCAGCUGUACCGACGCCCACCGCGCGCUUGAAGGUGAGCAGCAAUGGCGGCACAGGCGUUGCUUUAAGUGGCGCUUUGCAUUCGCUCACUUCGAAGGAGGAGAAACAGCGGCAAAAUGAGGAAAUUGUGAUUAUGGAAACGUCGUCGAUUUCUUCAGAGACUGGCUCAUGGGAAUCUGUGUUCCCACACGCUGCGAGCAGUAUUGCGGCUGGCAGCGUAAUGUCAACAGUCGCCGUAGCGACAGGCGUUCCCAUUGCCAGCAGCAACAGCACCAACAGCACUGCGGCUGGGAGCAAGCCCUCGGAGGUUAAUAUGUCUAAUUUAGCUACUGAAUUCUUUCAGGGUGAAGGCAAGCUGUCGCAAAUGCCAUUUGAACAACCGAAAGAGCGUGACAAAUGCGGCGCCGCUGAUUUACAAGCGCAUUUACUAAAAGAACCUGAUAUAUCGCCCUACCUACGCGAGCGCACCUACUCUACAGGCGCGACUGUCACGGCCGACACCAGCUCACUCUUUACCGGCAUUAGUACGCAUUCGUUGUUGCGCGAUUUGGAAAGGCGCGAGAAUGCAAUGAAUUCGUCGGGGCAUAGCGCUUGCUUCAUUGAUGCUUCAUCGCUGCGUGACGAAGAUGAAGUGCUCUCAUUUCCCAGUUUGGAUGGACAGCAAUCGAACGAGGAUGCUAAAGAUGCUGAGGAGUGUGUAGAGGAGCCAAAGCCGGAAAGGGAGGAAGACGAAGAUUCGCCUACCAAGAAACUUGAAUCAUUCCAUAAAGCAUUUGCCAAGUGCAAAGUGAAAUCUAAAGAUUUACCUGAGGCGGCAGAAACGUUUAACUUGUCAAAGUCAAGUUCUAGCUCAAAUUCUGGUGCAGACUCACCGCACAAGCAAAUGUCAGCCGCAUCUGCCACGUCUACCAAUAAUCUUUCGGACGAGGAGAAACUGUGGAAACGCGAGCACGAAAGUCAGAAGGCACCACUAAAUGCCGAAACCAAAGAACCCAUUGGUAAACUCGCUCAACUUGUACCCCAACAAAACACUUCCACGCAUGAGGAUGCCACCGAAGCUUCGGUUUCCUUAGCCGCUGAUGCCGACUCAUCUGACUCAUCGGAAAUUGUUAAACUACGUCGUGAGCAGGAGCAUAAGCAGCGUGGCCCAUAUAUUUUCCAGCACAACUUGCAACAGUUCAGCAUUCAUCCAUUGGCUGUGAGCCCGAAAUUCCCAAUGCACGGCUCGGCCGGCACCAGUGUGGCACAUCCGACCGCAGUGCAUGCCACGCACAGCGAUCUUAGCUACACAACCGACUAUUCAUCGUCUAGUCCGGCGCCGAGCCUAGUUUGGUCCGAACAUGAACAUCGCCCUAGCCUUAGUAGUCGGCCUCACGUCGAUGACUAUGAUGGACAUCUGCAUAAGACAUUUGCUCACCCGGACACGCCGCACAACUCUAUAGCCCACAUAGAAAAUGCAUCCAGCAAUAAUUCUUCCAUACAUCGAGAUUAUACAAUGUCAUCUUCGUUGUCACAACAACGCGACUCUGGCGCAUAUUGCAGCGACGCCACAGACUCGCCCAUACCAAUGCCCCGCACGCCAAAACGUUCCAAGUUCGAUGAAGCAAAUCCGAUCAUAUCGGGUGGUGCAUCCAUCAAAGACUUCGCGCCCAAGCAGUGCGAGAGCCCGCCCGUGCAGCGACGUUUGGAGUCCUGUCCCAUCGUCUCUGGUGGUUUCGCGUCAUUAGACUUUGAGCCAACACGUCCGCUGGGCGAUGACGAUGAUGAGCAGGUUGAAAUGCGUUCGCGACCGAAGACUCGUAAGCCCAUACCCGGCAUUGCGUCAUGGGUUGUAGAUAUGAGUGAUUGUCGCCCGGAGCGGCGUAAAAGUACCAGCUCCACUUCAAGCAUGGAGGUGUCUGCAGGUAAAUUUCGCGAACGCUCCGAUUCCACAAGCUCACACAAAAGUGGUUGUGGAUUUUAUGUAUCCCUGGAAGAUGUGGAUAAAAAGCCCUCUACCGAUGAUCUCAGUAAAAAACCAAUGAAGCCGCAAAUGAGCAAAUCGUAUACGGCACCAAAGGCGGCGGGCUUCUUUGUAAAUCUCUCAAAAAGUGAAUAUGCGCCGGCCGAUGAAGAGAAACAUGCCGAAACGAAGACAGAAGAGCCGUCAGCAGAUAAGAAAAAUAUUUUCAGUAUGUUUAUUGAUAUUGGUGAAAGUAAGAAGCCGGCGGGUGGCUUGCCUAGGAAAGAACCCUUUAGCUUAGCUCAACGACUCUCAAGCUCUUAUGGCUCGCAUGCCGCUCAGCGUCGCGCGGACGAUGUGAUGCGUUCGAGCGCCAGCUCUACAGAAACGCUGAUGGCAAAGAGCAGCAGUUUGAAGGCGAAUACGGACGGUGAGGUGUGUGGCGAAAGCAAAUCACUGGACUAUAAAUGCAAUCUCGAUCCACCAAUCACUGUGGCAGCCAUACGACGCAUCUCACAUCAGCAGCGCGCACAAAACGAUGCUAUCAAGAGACAUUCCUGGGGAAAUAAUCCUUCGAAGGAAGGUUUGGCAUGCGACUACAAGCGUUCUAUCAGCCUUACAGCGUACGGCGAGUCGAAGGAGAACGGCGGCAAUGGUCUGAUGAGUAUUAUAGAUAAAAUACCUUUGAUCUCGAAGACAUCUUCUUUGUCGGUCGACAGCUCCUUAUCGCCUUUCGACGAAUACACGGGUUCUAAAUCGGAACUCAGCACCUGCUCAAACAACUCGGCGCGCAAUUCGGUAUCAGGCGGUGAACGGGAUGAUGAAGUUUUCCAUGCCGGCGCAGGCGCUAAUAUCGGCGGAAGAGUAAAAAGACGACGCCGCGAUGUACAAAUCAAUGAAACAUUUGACAAAAGUAGUUUGGCUUCCAUAACGGAUGGUGUACUCUCGAAAGACAUGUCACCUGCGUCCACCACUGACACCGAUGACUUGACUUUCCAGCAAGAUGAAGAACAAGCCAUGCGUGAGGCCGCCUCACAGCAGCAACCGCAGCAAUUGCAACAAGUUCCCUCAAAUCGCUCGUCAGCUAUUAUAAUGGAAACCAUAAUUGAGACCAAAGAGACGUCUUCGCCUAAGAAAAAUGCCGCUGGCCAUACAAUGGAGAGUCUACAUGCCACUAUAGAGAAACAGAAAAUGCUACUCGAAACAGUAAAUGAACACGGUGAAGUGGAGAAGGGUACAUUCGUUAAGCUGUCUGACAUGGACAAGCCGACAAAGUUCGAACUGCAUUCGCCCGAGUCGAUGAGCAAGAGUGUCGGCAAUCAUCGCCAAAUCAAUCGGCUCUUCCGCGACGACUCGAAAACGCGCCCCCAUUCAUGGACCAUGACACGCUCGCAAGGCAACAGCUUCCUCAGCAUAACCAAUUCAGUAGAGAAUUUGCGCAGCUUGUCGCGGCUUUUCCCCAACUUCUCGAAGGAAUUCUCCAACUCGCUGCCGAAUGACAUCAUCUGUGAUCAAAUGGACUAUAUACAGACCGAUAUUAGCGGCGAUUCCAGUCUUGCAUCGUCGUUCAGUCGUUCCGGCAUGGAUGAAUCGUCCAUAUCUUGUCGGCAACCGCGUAGACUGGGCGAGGAUUUGUUGAAAAUGUUCCUGCAAGAGAUUGCCACCGACAUGAUUGUAGAGGUGCAUGGACGCCGCAUCAAGGCGCACAAGUGUAUUCUACGCUCGCGUUGUCAGUAUUUUGCAGCUAUGUUGGCUGGUAGUGGUGCGCAGAGUGUCGUCUCAUUGCAAGGUUACUCCUAUUCGGCGGUACAUUUUGCAUUGUGUCACAUCUACUCGGGUGCCUCGCAUCCACCAGACGGCAUUAGUUUGAUGGAACUGGCAGCGUUGGCUGAUCUGCUCGGCUUGGAGGGCUUGAAGGAGGUGACGGCGCAUGCGUUGAAGACGAAUUAUUGUCACAAUUUUCACAAGCCAUGCUCGGGUUGUAUCGAUGGCAUACUGCAGGUGUUGCCUGUGGCAUUGACUCACUCGCUGGAUGAUUUGUAUCGCAAAUGUUUGCGUUGGACUUGCCGCCACUACAUGAAGGUUUGGCCAACUCGUCAAUUUGCUCAGCUUCCAGCGGAUAUACUGGGGCGCUGUCGCCAGCAAAUUGUUGCCUAUAUGACGUCGGAGAGCGUGUUGGACACAGUGCUCGACUGUGAUAAUUUGCUGACGCAGUUGGCAACCUACCGCUGGGGUGGUAUUUGUGAGAGCCUCGUACGAGACAUACUUGAUGCCGCCUACACCUACAUUGCCGAUCACUUUGCCAGCCUCAUAGCGAGCGACUCAUUCCUCUCGCUCGGUCACGAUCGCAGCUGUCACAUACCGCGACUGGAGAGCGUACUCUUGCGCACAGCAUCAUCGCUCACACCAGAUCAGGCAUGUCGCAGUUAUCAGCGUGUGACACGCCUCAAUACCGUGUUGCAGGCGAAAGUCAUACAAAUGCCGGCUAAUCUGGGUGAGCUGGCAAAGGAGUUGCAGGGCUUGCAGGAGGAGGACUUGGAUUGGGAUGCCGAGUAUAUACGUUUGGUGAGCGCCAUACUGUCCGCCGUCGAGCAGUGUCUUAUACGGCAGUGUUCGCGCGCCAUGCGCGUGACUGCUUGGCAGCGCAUGGAUCUCGAUUUGCGUAAAAAGAUACAAACAUUGGCCGCUGAAACGAAGAGCGAUUCCAACAAGAAAGCAGCGCCGCGCUUGUCUGAUGUACGACCGCGCUACUUGGAGCCGCGCAAAGUACACGCACCAGCCGGCUUUGGCGGCGGUCCAGUGCGUAGCGCCACCAGUUCCAGCAUACCGGCCACCGGCAAGGGCAAAGGCCGCCAGAUCUCAUCCAGUGAUAGUUCGCGCACUUCCAGUCCGGCAGCGCGUAAGACUGCCAACCAGAUUGGACGGAAAUCCAUUAACAUGUCGCUUGACAGCUUGGCGUCGCCAUCGCGGCGCGGCCGUAAUAUGCGUCUCAAAACCACCGACAAUGCUGACCGUUUUUCGGAUCGUGGCGGUGAUUCGCUUGCGGACAGCAUGAAAAGUUCAGUGAUUACGAAUAAGGCGAUCUCGCAGGAGUCGCUCGCUAGCGUAAACAAGCUGUCGCGUUCGAAUCCGCUCAUUGGAAACAGCGGCAAACAGUUGGCAGCUGUCGGUGGCAAGUUGCAAAACGGCAAAGCGCCCAAUGGCAUUGUAAAGUCGGCUCGUGCCGCCAGCAUCGGCAACAAGCCCCCAAAGCAUUUGCAACAGCAAAAUAUAAAAUCAACCGGUUCGAGCCCAUCAUCGGUGACUACAACCAAAUCAGCGGCUAGUCGUCUGUCCUCUGUAUCAUCCACACACUCAUCGCGCGAUAUGUUCAAGAAUCGUUCGAUAUCGAUGCCGGGCCAAACGUCGGCACAGGGCACAGCUAGCGCACAACAGGGAAGUGGUGGCGCGCGUCACAGCUUCCUGUCAGCCAAAUCGCGUGAGAUACUCGCUCGGCGCGCCGAGAAAAACAAAUUACAACAGUUGCAACAAGCCGCCAAUAGCUCCGGUGAUGAACGGAGCAACAAUACAAACGCCGUCCCCGCACCCACCAAAAACCAACAAAAACAACAACAACAACAAAACAACCACCAUCAGCACACCGGACCAAUGCGUUCCGCUUCACACACCGCCGUCACAGCGACGGCAAAUGCCAACUACAUACGCAAUUCGCUGCCUUCCAAUAUACCCACACGCCGGCCCAACUCGCUGCAACUAAAGAAAUCCACAAAUCACAUACAAGUGAGCAACAAAAACCAUAGCAACAACAAUAGUGCAAAUCAGAUGGUAAAUUUGAAUAAUAAAAAUAAAAUCAUUAACGCCACCAAUGGUGUGUUGAAGGCAGCGCAUGCGGUCAAGCAGAAAAUCGAAUUGUUCAUCGAUACGUCCACGUCAGCGACUGGUCGCGGCGGUGGCGGUGGCAACGGUGUCGUCAAGCCGACAUCACCACCAUCGCAACAAGCCAUUGAGCAGCAGCAGCAGCCACGUGUCGAAACGAAAUUGGAGCGUUCGAGUACUUUUUGUAAGGAGACUUCCGAUAUGGAUAUCAACGAAUUGCAAAUUAUUGAGUAGAGGGAGGAGAGGAGUGCAAUUCAGCGAGAACUUAACCAGCAUUAAGCUCACCACAAGAGGGAGGAUAUUGCUGCAACAAAAACUUGAUGGAGGAUACUUCCGGACUCUGAAAGCUUUGAGCGAAAUAACCACUCUAGUCAAUAAGAAAGUAAAAUGACUGUUAAUGGACAGAUGCAACAUUGAAAAUCGUUAAUAACGAAAUUAAAGAAAAAACUAUAAUUGUCAAUAAUCUCAAAUUUUAGUAGAUGAACCUCGAAACAGUAAUUAAAUCAAAGCAGUAAACAGUUGUAGGCGCGAAUAGCAAAGAAAAAAAUAUCCAUAUACAGGCAUACACACAUGGCAUACUAUCUACGUACAUAUACAUAUAAACAUAAAAAAUAGUAGUUUGUUGCAAACAAAACGCGUUAUUUACAAUACAAAAAAAAAUAAUCAUAUAAAUACAUAGUAGCGUUUGCCGCUGCAAAAAUUCCUCCUCCUCGUGCAAAAAGUCCCUUU